UUACGUAACUGAAGUUCGCGGUCCAGUCUGAUGAUUGCGCAAUCAAAUAACACCAAAGAGUUACCGCUCCUGGAUUAGCGCUAAUGCAUUGUGGGUAUGGACGCGAAAUUUGAAAGGCUCGUAAAGAAAACAAACAUUUCCCGAAAGAAAAACGCGGUCUUCCAGAAUGAAUUCAUACGAACAGAGGAGUGCAAGCCAAUGAAGUCUGAUGACCCAGAAGCCCUCUCCGCGACAGAGGUCCGCAAGAUGAAGAAGCUCUCCAAGCGCCGGACCCUGCUCUUCAUUCCAAGCUUCCGGAAGAAGUCGAUCAAGUUGUUCCGCGAGGACAGUGCACAGCCCGAUACCAGUAAACUUCCCAAGGACUCAGACUCUGGGCGUGACAGUGAUUCGGUGAUCAGUGGGGACUCCAAAACGGACAGUUUAUCCAUCCGUAGCAGCCUGUCGUCGCUGGACAGCGGAAUCGGGUCAACGUCUAACUCCUCCUCCAGUCUGAUGUCUCGUGCUCUGACCGACAUUCCAGAUGUCAUCUGCGAGGAGUCCAGGGGCCGUGCUCCAAUCGCUUUACCGGAAGACGACUCCAUGCUGGAAGAUCCGAGCGGUGACUCUCGCGUGGACAGUCCUACAGAUGUGACGAAUGUUGAGAUUUCCAGGGAGGAUAACUCUGCGUCUUCUUUCCAUACUCUGAGUGACUCCUGCAGCUGUGACUCAUGUGAUGAUUCGUGCAGUGAUUCGGACAACAGUGUGCGUGCGGACGAUUCUUCGGACUCUGACUCUGACCUUGGAUCAACCAUCCGGACCAUCACUCCCAUCUCCCAGCGCAGUUCUUCCACAGACUCGGACAGUGACAUUGAUGAGUGCUCUAGUUUCUUAAGGCAGGACAAGUGCUUCCUUCCCGCAGCUUCUUUGAAGUCCAGGAACUCAAUUGUACAUACAAAUUCUGUAAAUAGAGGAAAUCGUAUCAAGACAAACGGUAGUGUGAUCAAGAAGGACUCUCAGCAGCAACUGGUGACCCCCCUCCCAACCUACGCCCGCAGCCAUCAUGCCAAGUUCUUCCCAACAGUUCACAACUCGUCCAAGAUCGUAUCCAACACCAGCAGUGCUUUCAAAUCCUUCAACUCUUCCAACGACUCAUUGGUGGACUCUGUGAGUUCCAGUGGUACUGUGACAUCAUGUGGAUCCAUCCAGAGGAACCGGAUUUCGUACUGUGAACCAGACGUUAUUCCCAAGAGUGAGACCAGACUUCAUUGCAGCGAGAGUGAUAGGAGACACAGACGGAAACUUUGCAGUCCCAUCCUCCAGGUGCGCAACAAGAGCCUAAACCAAGAGGUGCUGGAAGAGGCAACAGUGAAGAUGGUCCCGGAUCUUCCACCCGACUCCUCCAAGUCCCUGGAAGAUGUACAGCAGUCCAUGCAGAACACCGCCUACUGGGUCAGCAACAGUCGAUACAGCAGCCAGCCAGAUGACAGCGCGACCUUCAUCAAGGACAAGCCGGACAUCAGUGAACGGGAACUGUGUAAGGAGAUCAUUGGGAUCUACUUCAGCGAGAUGGACAGCGACAGCUCUCUCUCCUCCUCCUGUCUGGAGAACUCCCUGGAUGGCGAAGAUUCCACUUCCUCCUCAUCCAGCUCUGGGGAUUCAACGUGUCUUCCACGCACACUGGAGACGAAUCUGGACGACUUCUCUACGGCUGUUUACAUCCCUGCCAAAGCUUCAGAGGCCCACACCCGCAAAAUCAGCAGUGCUAAGGUGACUAAGACAGUAUCCACUGUAAAGAGCAGAUCCGACCCCCACAGAGCGGCCAUGGCCAACAGUCAGAAGGGAGGCGGACUGUGCUGUAAGGAUAAACCCGUCCCCAAACUGUCUGAGCAUGAGGUGGACACCAUUACAAAGCUACACACCAUCUGUAACGGACAGCGAGUGGUGCAGUACCUUAACAUGGCAGAGUCUCCCAUGGUCCACUUUCCUCCUCCAAAGCGUGCCAGUCGGAUCAUCUGGAACCCGGAUCUGGAGGACGACUCCCUGAACCCCCACUCCCCCCGCCACACCCCCACCAAGCCCCGCUCCGUGCUCAGACAGAGACCUGAGGACUUCACCUUUCCUUUCGUUGAGGACAAGCCCUCCCCCAUUGUCAUCACCCGAGUCAGGAGGAGCAAGUCCAUGUCCCGGGCCUCAAAGGAGUGGCCGUGGUAACAAGUUACCCAGGGUAUUGGAGUCGUAAGAGAGAGACUUUAUUGUCGCUAGUAUAGGAAUCUCGCCAACCGUAUUGAUAAAUAUUUGGUUAAGUCUGAAGAAUUCAGAGGACAUUUUACUACCAGGGUAUUAAUUUGUGCCAAUUCAGUGACCGCCUUUUAUGGCUCGGGAAAUGUUUGUUUUCGUUUAUCGUGUACUCUUCGAGAAGGAAAUGAAAUCGCGAAAGGACUGGACAUGUGUGAAAUAAAAUGCUCCAAGAAAUGACUUUGUUAUAUGGUUUUUGCUUGUUUUUAUUUUUUUAUCCAUUUUAUAUCUGUAUGUUUGCAAUGUGUUGCAAAAUUUUAUCCAAUGUAUGGUAAACAUUUGUGUUUUAUUUUUGUUGUUUUUAUUGAACGCACAUUGCUUUUAAUGAUCAUGAAUUGUGUCAGUUGUGUGUGAAAACUGAGAAAUUGGAAUAGGUUUAUCGUUUUUAAUACAAGCUGUGUGUGUAGGUGAUGUUAUGUGAAGGUCAAUUUUUUAUUCAUGACAGAUUUCAUUUGAUGAAGUAGUAUAGACAGAUAGUUGUAUAUUUUAGGUGUGUUUAUUUUGUAGUGUUGUAGCCCCUGUUUAUUUGUACUCUCUAUUAUUAUGACUCAGUAUCUCUCAGCCCCAGUAUUUUGUCAUCCCCUUGCCUUGAUGGACUGUUAUGUCUCAGGUCAAUCUCACACACUCUCUCUCCAUUGUGAGAAUUUUUACAGCGAUGUUGUGCAAUAUAUUUAUUUCCUAACCCUGACUCAGAUCUCCUGUGUGGACGUACUAACCUCCCCCUCCACUGUAACAUAACUCAGUAUUUAUUACUUCUAGUUAAGAUCAAACCUAGUCUAUUUGUACAUAAAACAAUAAAGUCAACAUUUGUAAAUAAAUCAAUAAUGCAAACAGUCA